AUGUCGAGCCUGGAGCGAUACCAUUACACUCGGCUCCCAGACGGACCAUACAUUCGAAUAUUGACAAUCUUCCCAGGCGGCCCAAGCGAUCCACUCCGCGGAGAGCUCAAGCUGUUCAACACCGACACAGACGAAGACUACGAGGCAGUGUCUUACGUCUGGGGAGAUCCCAGCCGCAGCCACGAGAUUGUCUGCAACAACAAGACGCUCAGUCUGACCGCAAGUCUCGAAGGAGCACUGCGACGCAUCAGACGGGCUAACCAGCCUCGCCGAAUAUGGGUGGACCAACUGUCGAUAAAUCAGUAUGACUUGAGCGAGCGAAGUCAGCAGGUGCAAUUCAUGAAUAAGAUCUAUAGGAACGCUACCCGCGUCCUUGUGUGCCUUGGGGAAGAUUCUAAUACGGAGGCAGAAGAAGCCUUUCAGCUGAUCCGUAACCUUGGUCAGACGUUCCAGGACGGAGAGAGUAAUGAGAAGUUUCGUAUCAUGAACACAGAGCACCUUCGAGAUCAGCCUGAAGCGCAGUGGGCUCCACUGAAGCGUUUGAUUGCUCUUCCUUGGUUUACUCGGAUCUGGAUAGUUCAGGAGAUUGGAACCCAGGCACCCGCCACAUUGUACUGGGGCGACUCGGAGUGCGACUGGGACCUCAUCUGCGGCGUCGCAAGACACCUGACCGAUUUCCACCAUAUGCGCAAGCACUUUGGCCUGAGGACGACGGAUAUCAAAUAUCUCUAUAAACGCUUCGUCGAGCCUGAUAGGGCGGGCCGCCAUGCAAACCGCCUCAGCCUCAUGUACGAGCUCCACAGAGCGGCCCAUUGCAGGCUGACUGAUCCUCGCGAUCGGGUCUUCGCCUUUCUCGGUCACUAUGCCGUGCGCGAGGGGAAUCCCCAGCUUGCUGCCGUCCGCGCUGAUUACAGCAAGUCCGUCGAGGAGGUAUACUACGACAUUGCGGAACGAGCCUUGCUUGGGGACCCAGGCAAGACCCUUAUUACGCUUGCCGUAGUGCAGCAUCCGCGGCUGCCCUCAAAAACGUCGGACGGAUCAUGCGCGCGACACUUGGUGGACGCCAUGCCUUUGCCUUCGUGGGUGCCAGACUGGCGAGAGCACGAGUCUCACAUUCUGUCCGAACCGACCAGCUCUCAUCGGGCGCACGCCGGCAGGCCGGCAGAUCUCGAAAUCGAGAGGGCGGUCAAGGUUCUCAAACUGCGCGGCAUAAAAGUGGAUGUCCUGGAGGCAUGUUCGGACCCGAUCCAGCAAAAAGAGUUCCACUUCGACAAAUCCCGCCGUGUCCUGGCGAUUGAGUCGCUGUGGCGUGAAAUCUGCGGAAAGACAAGAUUUGACCUCGAGAACCGCUAUCUUGAUGAUCCGAAUGGCGACCAUGCCGUCUUCGCGUACAUGCAGACCCUGAGCAGCGGGGGUAUUGCGACUGCGUCUUGGGAUGCGCGGCACUACCAUGAGAUUGAUUGUGAAGAGUGGUUUGCCCAAGGCGCCGCCUAUCUAACGGCAGCAUUGGCGGACACGGGUCUAGUCUCUGCUGAGCUCAAGGACAAGGCCGUCGGUGGCGAUCUUUACAAAUGGACUCGCGCUGCGAAUGGUUCCGCCAGCAAUCGGUCCUUCGGCCGGACCGCCCGGGGUCGCUACGUGCUCGGCCCAAAGGCGAUGGAAAAGGGGGAUGUAGUGUGCGUCUUGUUUGGCGGAAAGAUGCCCUUUGUGCUGCGUCCGUGGGAUGACGGCAAGUUCCUUCUCGUUGGCGAAUGCUACGUGCAUGGCUUGAUGCAGGGUGAGGCGAUUGAGCUGCUUGAGCGGGGAAAGAUUGAUGAGGAGACGUUCCAUAUUUGUUGA